AUGACAAAUGUACCAGGACCACAAAGACCAAAAAUCGAUGGAGGUUUCAAAGAAGGUGACCUACUUAAAGAGAUGAAUAAAGUGCCUUUAUUCAUGACUGAAAUGCCGGAAGAGGAGAGCGAUACUUUAGCUGCUUUACAAACUCUCAUAUAUGAUGGUCCUCCUGAAGAGAUAGCAGAAAAUUUUAAGAAUCAAGGAAAUGAAUGCUUUAAAGUUGGUAAAUCACAAUAUAAUGAUGCUUUAGAAUAUUACACAAAGGCGUUAGACAUAAAAUGUAAAGAUGAUAAAAUUAUUGAAGCGUGUUUAACCAACAGGGCUGCUGUUAACCUGGAAUUAGAAAAUUAUAGAAAAGUUUUAGCAGAUUGUUCAAAAGCAUUAAAGUUAAAUCCACAAAAUAUCAAGGCGUAUUAUCGUUCUGCAAAAGCAUUAUAUGCUCUUGAUAAAAUCGAAGAAGCUAUCGAUUGUUGUGAACAUGGACUUGCGGUACAGCCGAAUAAUAAAGUAUUACAAAAUGAAAAAGUAAAGUGUUUAAAUAGAAAAGAAAUUUUGGAAAAAAAACGCCGAGAAAAAGAAGAACGCGAACGAAAGGAGCGUGAAUCGAAAGAAGAAUUAGCAAGAGCUAUAGAGGGAAGAAAUAUAAAAAUGGUUAAUACUUCAAAAACGCAAGCAUUACAAAAGAACGUUCGAUUAGAUAAAGAAACAAAUAAUUUAAUUUGGCCAGUAGUCUUUUCAUAUCCAGAAUAUAAAGAAUCUGAUUUUAUCGAAUCAUUUAAUGAAGUGGAAACAUUUUUAGAUCAUCUUAAAGUAAUGUUUGAGCAACAUGCCUCAUGGGACAAUGAAAAAAAAUACACCCCCUAUAAUAUUGCUAUUUAUUUCGAAUAUCAUUUACCCAUAAUCGGUAAUGGUUUGCCGACGACCAAAUUAUUUAAGAUUGGAAAGAAAUGUACCCUCAAAGCAACUUUAUCUCAUCCUAAAUAUGUUGUUAAAGAUGGAAUUCCAAAUUUUAUUAUUUUGUCAGAAAAAGGGAAAUUUGCAGAAGAAUUUGUGGCCAAAUAUAAGUAA